CAGGAGGGAAUAAAUCCACACUGACACUCACCUGCACAGGCACAGGAACAGACGUCUAACCUGAACAAAGGACUCUGAGACACCAGACCCAUCACUCACCCUACUGUGGACUGUAUUUAACUGAAUUAUGUGUUCUGGAAAUUUCGCCAAAUGCCUGGGGAUAACCCUCAUCCCGCUGGCCAUCAUCUGCAUCCUCUGCAACACUCUGCUGUUUUUCCCGGGUGGUAAAGUGGCCGAGAGCAGCGACAUCACGGACGAAGUAUUUUACCUCGGAGGAAUUCUGGGAUCUGGUGUGCUGAUGAUUUUCCCUGCACUGGUUUUCCUGGGAUUGAAGAACAAUGACUGCUGCGGCUGCUGUGGGAAUGAGAGCUGUGGAAAACGUUUUGCGAUGUUCGGCUCCAUUCUGUUCGCCGCGGCCGGAGCUGUGGGCGCCACUUACUCUGUUAUCGUGUCUUGUGUGGCCAUUAACCACGGGCCCAAGUGCUUCACUACCCAUCUCAACGGAACUUCCCUUAACAUCACUUACCCAUUUGCAGACGGGAACUACUUGUCCAACAGAACAAUGUGGGAUAUAUGCGAUGGUCCGGGCGAUAUCAUCACGUGGCAUCUGACCCUGUUCUCAAUCCUGUUGAUCUGUGGUCUAGUUCAGAUCGGUCUGUGUGCCUUCCAGGUGAUCAACGGGCUCAUCGGCACCAUCUGUGGAGACUGCUGCGGCUGCUGCGGGAGCUCCUAAACCACUCAGAAUGGACUUGGAUCAAUGGAUCUUCAGGACUUAUCAUACAUCCAUGUCUGUAAUUGUCAACAGUUUUCACCUCAUUAUUUGUAUUUAUACUGUUCAGAUGGAUGUUGUUUACUUCCGUGUGUCAUCUGCCUGAUGGCUGAUGAAGUCAUGAGCAAUUUUUAUAUAUUGUUAUAUAUAUAGCCUAUGGAUAUAGGUUAUUGAUAUAUAGUGUAUUGAUAUGUAUUGUAAAGAAUAUUGAAUAUUUAUUCAAACUGAAGGAGAACGUUAUUUUCGUACAAGUAUUUAGUCUUUUUUUAAAGAUGGAUAAUUGCAACGUCCAAAUACAUGGAAUAUUUGAUAAAAGAUAACAGGUUUUAUCUCAGUAAAACUGGUUGAAAUGUAGUAAAAUAAUAUUUGACACUUAAUAAACUCUUGAUUAAAAAAGCUGUCCUUGUUGCAA